CUUUGGUGUGUGCUGUUAUUUUUCUCCUUCUCCAAGCCUCCUUUGUAUACGCGCCUCUCCACAGGAAUUGAGAGAGCCUUCGCGUUUGUACUCAAAGCGAACGGACGUACGUGUCCUGUCGUUGUUGAAUCCUCGAAAAGAUUGAUGUUUCUAUGCGACAAAUCUGUCAUCGAUAUCUGCCGGGCAGCUGCCACACGCCACGCGGGAUUUGGGAAAUAACCCCCACAAGAGUCUGUGUUUGUGUGCCCGAAGGCUGCCAAACUUGGAUGGCUUGUUGCCGUGGGAAACGAAAGCGUUUUCAUGUUCCCGCGGUUUUUCAAGGCGGGAGAACGCAAGCUGAUGAUAGUCAGUACAUUUUGCCUGCGGGUUCAUCGACAUGCAACGUGCGCGGCGGUGGAGUCGCGUGGCAAUUAAUUUUCUUUUUCUUUUUUUAACGGCGCAGGCAGCCGUCUUCCCGAAACUGCUGCUCCUAAUGUGUCUCAGAGCAGUACAGAGCCAAAAUGACCCCCAUGCUGCGUUUAACUGCACCAUAGGGGCAGUGUCACCCUCGAGCGCAACUCAUGUCCUGGCUACUGGUGCACCGGACUCAAGUGCGUUUGAGAUCAAAAUCACAGGCACGGCAACGCCCUACGACGUUACGCUUGCUGGUAAGGGCGCCACCGCCAAGUUUGUCGAGGCGUACGUGGGAGUUUACUUGGAAGGGACCAUGUUCCUUCCUGGGACAACUAUAACGGUAACUCCUCCCGUAAAGACAGCGAAGUGCACCAGCCAAGGCAAAGAUACCAACUUCGCCUAUAUCGUUUCGGCAGCAGACAUCACAGAAUUGAAAUUCAAGUUUACACUCCCUGCGGAUUUGACAAAAGAUGAAGACAAGAAAAUCAUCGCAAGAGGAAUCGUGUGCCUGAAGGCCGCGGGCACCCCGCCGAAAAGUUCCUGUUCGUCGCCGAUUAUGUCUGCGGCGCUCACGAUCAAAAAACAGGCUGCCGCAGCCCCACCAGCUGCACCGGCUACACCAGAUCCACCUAAACCACCUGAAGCGCCUCCAUCUGCACCCCAUGGUAGCAGCCCGAACUCGGCUUUCCGCUGGAAGGCGACCAACACUCUUCCCACAGCAUUCAUGGUCCCAGCCCUCGUGACCUUGCUCAUCAUCAUCGCUCUCAAGCAAUUUCCAGUGUUCCCUUAUGCUUUCAUCACCAUAUAUUGAAAAAAAAUACAUCUCAGUUAAAGUGUGCUGUUCCCCAAAUUCGUGGUCUCUUGAGUGAUGGGUAGGGUUGGGGAAUUGCUCAAUCUUGGAGCACGCCCGCCGGAUUAAAUAAAAAGAAAAGUCGCUGAAUAAAAAAAAAAAAGAAAAUGCGCGGCCUGCCGCUUGCAUAGAAAACGGUGCGAUCUGCAAUGGCGUCACCAGUCGGGUACUGUUGUCUGGGGUUGGCAUAGAAAAUGCGUGAGGAACGCGCUUGGAACGCCGUCGCCCCUGGAAGCCGACGCGUCCCGCGGACAGCUAGCGCCGUUCGGCCCAGCCAAGCGGCCGAGAAUGCAACAACGGCUGCAACGUUCGUUCCUUGGAACCCGCGUGAUGCGGAAGGCCGCACCUGUUUUUAAUGAGAUAGCUAAGGGCCCCGCCCGUGUCGCAGAAAAUCCGGCAUCGGCGUCCCGCGCCAAGCAUCGGACGUCGCUUCGGCGAAAAGAAUACCAAACCACGCAUACUCAACCACGCAGGCCUUUCAUAUGGCGCUACGAAGUUACUGAACUAAUUGAAUUUCUCGAAAAAUACGUAGAAAAAUUGUAAAGUAUGACUUAAAUACAACCUGCAGACAUGAUAGCGUCGGAUUGUAAUUUGAAUAUACGAGAAAACAAUUCUGUUACGCGGAAACCAAACACAAACCCCUCUUAAUGAAAUAGCGUUUUCUAGCUGCCGUUG